AUGUCUGGCGAUAGUCCUUCUCAUCAUGUUUCUUCAAAGAAAUCCCACAAGCGGAAGAGAGACCUAGAUGCUUCCACCGCCAUUACUUCGACUCCGACGCCAACCAAGAAACCCAAGAAAGCCGAGAGUCCUUCAUCCACUCCGACGCAACCUGGAGAGAAACGGAAAAAGAAGAAGAGACGUUCCGAUGUCGCGGCCGGUGACCUUCAGGAAGAGACGCCCCGGAAAGAGAGUCCUGUCACGACGGACCGCAGCAAGACGGGAUCUUCAAGCAAGAUUGAUGCGGAGAAACCGAGGGAAACGACAGCAAAGAGCAGCAAACGGAAGAGCUCAGGAGGAAUUGCUGUCGAAGAUCAGGAGACUUCAGAUAUGAAUGGAACUUCUGCUGGGAAAAUGAAAGAAAGUCCCCGUCAAAAAACCGCCGCGUCCAACGAAUCGAUCGCCGCACAGGAUGAUAGCUCCAAGACGAGCAAAAAAUUUUCCGGUAUCCUAUCGAAGUUUGAACGAUCCAAGAAAGUUAAGGAAGUCGCAGCCACACAGGAGAAGGAUGCAGCCGAUCAAGAGACCACGGAACCGACGACGGCAGAGCCCGUCGUCGCUCAAGGGCUCGAACCGCUGCCUCAGCCAGAGGCGGUCCCCGAACAACAAGAGAAGCCGACUUAUUCAUCUCUACCUUCGUGGUUGGCCAAUCCAUUCAGGACCCCAGCCGAUGAGCGGACGAAGUUCGCUGAUCUAGGCAUUGAACACGACCUCCUCAAGAAUCUCGAGAACAAUGGCUACAAGGAAGCAUUUGCUGUCCAAUCUGCGGUCAUUCCAUUGUUACUGAAGGGCCCUCGCAAUCACCCAGGCGACUUAUGUAUAUCCGCCGCUACGGGUUCAGGAAAGACUCUGUCAUAUGUUCUGCCGCUAGUCACUGCAUUGGAACAGGCUCCCGCACCACGGAUGCGUGGUCUCAUUGUCGUGCCCACAAGAGAAUUGGUAAAGCAGGCAAGAGAGGCCUGUGAACUUUGUGCCGCAGGGUCAGGAUUGCGUGUUGCCUCUGCUGUAGGAAACGUGGCAAUCAAAGAUGAACAGCGCUCGCUGAUGCGCGUCGAUCAAGUUUACGGUCCGGAAAUCUCCAGGCAACGGCAACACACUAAGAUGACAGAUCAGGAUUGGACCAACUUCAACUUACAAGAAUAUGUUGCAGAUGUAGCUGACCGAGGUGAUUGUCUCCCUGGCUAUGUCCACAAGGCGGAACCAAAUGUCGACAUUCUCAUUUGUACGCCGGGUCGUCUUGUGGACCAUAUCCGCUACACGAAAGGAUUUACAUUGAAGCAUCUGGAGUGGCUGGUAAUUGAUGAAGCUGACCGACUACUCAACGAAAGCUUCCAAGAAUGGGUGGAUGUUGUUAUGACCUCCUUGGACUCCCGGAAGGACAGUGAUGCAUUCGGGUCGAGUGGGCAGAUCAUGGCGGAUCUCGGUCUUCCUAUUCAGACGAAAGAGCCUAGGAAGGUGAUUCUGAGUGCGACCAUGACUCGGGAUGUGACGAAACUAAACUCACUUCGACUGCUGAACCCCAAGCUUGUCCUUGUUGGGUCUUCCGAGCCUACGGGAGACAGGAAUGAGGACGAAAUGGCUUUAGACCGCACAGAUGAGCAAUUCACACUGCCGCCAACAUUGAAAGAGUAUUCCGUCUCGGUGGGAGAUGGUUCACAGAAACCACUCUACCUGUUGCGCCUGUUGUUGUCGCACAUCAAGGUGUCCUCUAGCAAGAACGCUAAGAAGACAGUAUCGGACGACGCCGAAUCGGACACCUCAAGUUCCGGCGGGUCUAGCUCAGAAGACUCCAGUUCGGAUGACUCUAGCUCUGAUGAUUCUGACUCCGACUCCGAGUCCGCAUCUUCUAGCUCUGAAGAGUCCAGCUCAGAUUCGGACUCUGAUGGUUCGGAUGAUGACGAUUCCUCGUCCAGUGAGGAAUCUACUUCAUCCGAUAGCUCCAUGUCAGAGGACGAGGAGCCCACGGCAGUUGACUCUAAAGCCAGCGCCUCCCGGACAACUGUUUUGAUCUUCACCAAGUCGUCGGAAUCCGCAUCUCGACUGUCUCGGCUGCUGUCACUCCUUGAUCCCUCUCUGGCCAGCCAGAUAGGCACGAUCAUCAAGUCGAACAAGUCCUCGGCGUCCCGCAAGACUCUGACGGCCUACCGCCGCGGAAAGAUUUCCAUCAUCAUUGCUACGGACAGAGCCUCUCGUGGUCUUGAUUUACCAUCCCUGAACCAUGUGGUCAACUACGAUGUCCCCCCCAGUGUGACGACAUAUGUCCAUCGCGUUGGACGUACGGCCCGAGCUGGAAGGGAAGGCUCUGCUUGGACCCUCGUGGCGCACCGGGAAGGCCGAUGGUUUGUCAAAGAGAUUGCCGCCAGUUCGGAUGGCAAGAUUACCCGGUCAACCAAGGUGAACAGGGUCAGCAUGACACUGGCCGACAUGAAGGAAGAGAAAUCGAGAUAUGGAAGAGCGCUUGACCUGCUGGAGAAGGAAGUCCGGUCGGGGGGAACGGUGAAAUCAUCCCGGGUUAAUGCCUAG